AUGGACGAGAGGCACUGGUGGAUUGCUGGCAAGGUGCAUGAGACGUUACAGACAGGUGCAGAGGAAGACACUACUGCAGCACUGGAAGCCCUUUUCUUACAAGCAGAAAACCUGCAGCUUAUCAACAGAUUCCUUCAGGCUAAAGGGCAUCCAGCCCUUUUUUUCUUUGUUGACACCAAGGAAAAUGGAAAUGAAUCAAAAUGGCAGUUGCAUCUCAAGUCGGAUCUGCUAAGCUUGGAAAGUUUGCCUUGGAAGACACAUUUCCCCACUGUGCUUUAUUUUUUGCGUUCAGAGACAACACAUGAUAUAGAUGCUGCUACAAUGGAGCGGGAAAUUUUCUAUGGCGAAAUAAAAGAAAACCCAGUGGAGAGCCUGAUAUCGCUUCUAAAUGAACUGUAUAUUCCAGUCCUGCGGGCACAGAAAGACUGGGGAUCCUGCAGCCAGGCAAGCGUUACUCACUUCCUGUCUGGUCUAGAAAAAUAUGUCACAGCUAUUGAAGAUGCAACCAACACUGUGAAAUCUGAAAAGCAUCAGAUCUUAAGGAGACCACACAGCAUUGUAAAUCCUGAUUUUCUACAACCGAGGUCUGCCAUUUUGGAUUCAGAGAUUAUUGGGGAAAAUGAAGCCCUGGUUUCUGAGUGGAUUAAAACAAUUGAUCAGAUUUUAUCGGAUGCUGUAGACGAAAGAGUGUUAGACAUAACAACCACACCUCUUACUGAGCUGGAUCGUUGGCAUCGGAGACAAAAGGUUUUGGGACUCAUAACAGAGCAACUAAGAGGCAAAGAAUGCAAAACUGUCAUUGGCUUGUUGAUAUCUGCAAAAUCACGGCUGCUGAAAAAAUGGAAGACUGUGGAUAUCAGUAUUACAGAUGCAGCUAAUGCAGCAAAGGAUCGAGUCAAGUAUUUGGAAGCACUAUACCGUCAUCUGGAUGCAUUGGCAACUGACAAUGACCCAAUAAGUCUUACAAACAGCAUCAUACCAGCCCUAUUUAAUGGCAUCCGCCAAAUGGAAAACAUGUCUCGACUUUUUGCCAAAAAUGGAUAUCUGGGCCUGCUACUCACAAAGGUGUCAAAUCAGCUAGCCCAAAAUUGCCGAACAUUCCUGCGAGAAGCCAUGACAUAUAGUGAAUCAGAAGACAAGCUCUGGGAUAAAAUAAGAGAGUACAUGGAGACCAGCGAAGACGAGAUUAAUCCAUUAGUAGCAACACAGGAUGAAAAACAAAUUAAAAAGGAAAAAUUCAAGUUGGAAAUCAUUAAAAACAGCAACGUAUAUGCCCGGAUACAGUCUUGCUUGGCAGUGUAUGCGUCCUUUCAGGAAGCUGUGUAUCAGUUACGUGACUGGUUGGUAGGAGGAGGACGUGGUACAAACAGAUACUCAUCAUUCAGCUCCAUUUCCACUGUCCCUGGAAAACUUUCCUCCCUCAACACUGUGAAAUCUAGCAAGGUCUACAUGAAAAAACCACCCUCAGUAUCAUCGAGCUAUGAUCACCAGCAUGAUUAUCAAUGCGCAGGGGUGGCUCUGACAGACGAUGAUACAAUAAUGUACCACAUGGAUGCUCUGUGUAUAAGGCUGAGGCAGAUUUGUGACAUCAUUGUAAAGCUGAAAGAGUUCAAAAGGCUGGCAAAACUCACAGAAGGUCUAAGAAAACCUGCUCAAGAAGACAUUAUUGAAGAUGAUGAAAGCGACUGUGGAAGUGUCUGUGAAACCCCUGUACAUGAUGAGCGUAAGGAAAAAGGUGUGACCUGCAAUGUUGAUUAUAAAAAUGAAUUUACUGCUAGCCAAGCUGGAACAUGCAGGGAAAACCAAAGUCCAGGAAAGUCUUUGCACACUCUGAUUGAAGAAGAGGAAGCACAGAUUUCUGCAGAAGAUUCAUUUGUACUUAGAGACUUGAAAGUUGAUAAUGAAGAUCUCUGCAAUAAUGAAAUACACAGUCUGCAGAGUGAUGAUGAACUUCCAGAAAAAGAAGAAGAUACCGAAUUCAAACUUUCAAAUGAAGAGAAGCACAUACUAGAUAAUCUUUACAAUUUGGAUGAGCUGGAAGAUGAGGAGUCUACCAUGUCCUCUGUUCUACUAAGAAGACUGGAACAAAUGAUUGAUAUGUUGGCACAGUACAUUGAUUCUGAUGUUUUAUUGGAUACAGAUAAAAGGGAUCACAAUCCCUGUGAAGAGGGAUAUUCUGAAUUCUUAGUUAUGAAUCAAGAGACAGAGAAAUUUAUCAGUGUAUACAUCCAGGCUUUAUUUCUCAGGAAAAUGCCAACCACAGAAGCUCUCUCUAUUCUUCGAAGAUUUUCUGUUGUGAGUGAUCGUCCAGGGAUACAGCCCAUAAUAAAUGAGUGUUAUAUGGAGGUGUUUGACUGGUUUUAUGAGGAACUGAAGGAAGUUCAGCAACAAUAUGAAACGUAUAAGGAUGACCCUGUUCUUCCAAGAAAUGUGCCGCCCACAGUUGGAGCAAUAAUCUGGUCUAGAAAGUUGUUUCUGAAAAUUGAAAAAAUAAUGAAGAUCUUCAAAGAUAUCAGAAUUCUGACAACAAGCCUAUCCUAUUCAACAACUGUAAAGCUGUACAAUCGAAUAGCCACAGCCUUGGUUGGCUAUGAAGAUUUGUGGUAUCAAAAGUGGAAGGCACAGGUAGAUAAGAGACUUAGUGGUCUCAAUUUUGCCUUACUUGUCCGAGAUCCUAAUACACAGCAAAUAAAGGUCAACACAGACCUUCGAGUAAUUCAUCUUUUUGAAGAGACUAAAUGGCUGAUGAGACUUGGCAUAAAUGUUCCACAAGCAGCAAUGCAGGCUUUGCAGCAGGCAGAGAAAUUUAAGAUGUACAAGAGUGAUUUGGAGGAUGUGGUACAGGAAUACCAGAAGCUUCAAAACAUGAUCCCUCAGAACCUUGCUUUGCUCUUUACAUCUCACCUAGAGAGACUUAAUCACCAGUUUCAACCUGGUUUAUCCACAUUGUCUUGGAGUAGUGUUAAUAUAGAAGGUCUUCUUCAUCAGGCAAAUGCUGCUGUCAAAAGAUUACGAACCAUUAUUAAAAAAGUCACAGAGAUUAAAGAACAAGUGAUUGAGCAAACUCUUGAAAAAAUAUAUUGCCUGGACUUGUUACCUUUCAAUGAGAUCACUAAUUCACCAAAGAGUCCGGAUGGAUUGAUACAAAUAAGUAAACUUUUUUUGCUGGAGAAGAAAGCUGAGUUAGAGUCCAUGAUAGCUACAAUUAAAAGCGCCUUCUCUGAUAUUAUUAAGAUACUUGAAUCAACACAAGAUAAUCAAAAUUCCUUACAGAAUAUCAACACAGCUUCUAUCUCCAAGUUCCAAAAACCUUCACGAAAAUCACAGUCACUAACCUCCUCAAAUAACUCCUGCAACAUUAUAUCUGAAGAAAUCAGCAAUCAAGUGCUAGGUUCGCUCAGCGAUGAAGUGUGCCAUGCUGUGUAUUCAUGUAUCUGCCGUUCUUUACUACACUUGGCCCAUCUUGUAGGCUGUGACUUGGAAAGCUUUUCAAUGGAAUUAUUGAACAUAUUUAACAAACAAAAAGAAAAAAAUCCAGAAACACAAGAUGCAACUAGAUCCCUAUGGGAAACAAAACAUUAUUUGGGAAAAAAAGAAUUUCUCACUCCUUUAGAUUUGUGGCCACACAGUAAGAAAGGAGAAUUAUGUUUUCAGCUCUUACUGACAUUUAAGAUUCCUCGAAUUGUGGUAAACCCGCCUGUAAAAGUUGCUGAAGAUGCCACCAAGCAAGUUGGCCUUUCUAUUUUAAAUAUUUGUGAUUCAUUGAGCUGGUGCUCAGAGGGAAAAACACGGACACCUUUCCAUGUGUCUAUUGCCAAGGAUGAAUUACUACAACAUAUACUAAACAGUACAGUGAAAGCAGUGAACGACUGGGAAUCUACUGUUAAAAAUCAAGUCUUCAGCCUGAGCUCUUAUGACUUCUUGUGGACAGACGACAUGUACAGACAGAGUGAAGAAAUCGUAGGGAGUAAACCAGACCUUUCUGUCAUCCACAAGGAAGUAAAACGAUUUUUGCAUAUCGAAGAAAAAAUAAAAGAAUAUCCAGAGGUUUUACGUGUAGGUUGUAUGUGUCUUGAUUUCUCAUCUAUCAAAGAAACAUUAAAAGGAUUUGCAGGAAGCUGGAAAUCUCACUACGCAACAAUUUUACACCAUCAUGUUAAGGUGAAACUUCAAGAGGUUUUGCAGUACAGAGAGCAAGUGUGGCAGCAGCUGACGGUGCCAGUGCAAAGUUUGGAGCAGUUAAAUUAUUGUUUGAUUCUUCUAGAAGAGCUGCAAGAUAUGGAGAACAAAAUUGACAAUAUAUAUCAGCCAAUCGAAGACAUGUAUGAGCAACUGAGAUCUUAUCAGUUGCGAAUACCAAGAGAAGAAGUCACUGAAGUUACAAACCUGAGAUCUAAAUGGGCGGAAUUACUUAAUCUUUCUGACACUGUCAAAGAAGAAUUGUUGAAGGAGAAACUAGAAAUAUUUAAGCAGGAACUUGACAAACAAGUUAAAAGUUUUGUAGUAGAAGUAAUUCAGUUUCGGAACAGUUUUGAUACACAAGGUCCUGCAGCCCCUGGGGUAAUGCCAGAAGAAGCUGUAGCCCGGCUGCAUGAUUUUAAGGAGAAAUUUCAGGUUUAUGAUGACAAGAGAAAAACAUUGAAUUCAGUACAAAGACGUUUCAAUAUUAUUCCAAAGAUAUUUCCAGAGCUGGACAGGACUGGAAAGGAUUUGCACCUACUGGGAACUCUGUAUAUCCUGUUCCAGAAGUUUCUUGAUUUUGACCAAAGAUUCCGAAACACUCUAUGGGCAGAAGUAGAUCUGACAUUAAGUAAUGCAGAGAUUGCACAAUAUUGGUCUGAAUGCCUAGUCUGGAAUGAAAAACUGAAAGAUUGGGACGCAUACAAUGAAAUGGCAAGAGAGAUCAAAUUUUAUGACAAUGUUUUUCCAUUACUUCAUAAAUUGAAUUCUAAGGAAAUCCGUAAUCGCCACUGGCUGCAAGUAAUGGCAGCAACAGGAAGCUCUUUCCCCCUUGAAGCCAAUGUAUUCAAAGUUUCUCAUCUUUUGGACAUAGGACUGUUAAAAUAUCAGAAGGAGUUAAUUUCCAUAGCAAAAGCAGCACAGAAGGAAAUGGAAGUGGAGAUCAAAAUGAGAAAAGUAGAAGAAGAAUGGACUGAGCAGGUACUCACAUUCUCAAAUUACAAGAAUAGAGGUCCAAUUUAUCUAGUGGAAGAUGAUGCUCUUAGGUUACUUGAGGGCCUGGAGGAUGCUCAAGUGCUCCUUGCACAGAUGUUGACCUCUAAGGAAAUUGACCCUUUAAGGGAAGAAGCCACCACAUGGGCAGAGAAAUUGAAACGUGUGGGUAAUGUCCUAGAACUAUGGAUAGAAGUGCAAGAGCUUUGGCAACAUCUGGAAGAAAUCUUCAGUCACUUCAACAUUCUAAAGGAGCUACCUCGUGAAGCUAGAAGAUUUGCAAAAGCUGACAGGAGUUGGACACGAAUGAUGAGAUCUUCGUUCAACACAAAAAAUGUUCUACAGUGCUGCUGUGGAGGAGAUGUCCCUAAGGAAGCUGUGCUGAGACACAUAUUACAGGAACUGGAGAUAUGUUUUUGCUCACUUGCCUCAUACCUUGACAGAAUGAGGCAGACAUUUUCUCGCUUCUACUUUCUAUCAGAUUCAGUGCUACUCUCUGUACUCAGCCGCCCCCGUGACGUUAAACGCCUCCAGGUUUAUUUGAGGUCUCUAUUCGGUGGUGUUUCUUCAAUUGAUGUAGUAGAACAAGAGGAAGAGGAAACUGGAUGUUCUGAAGAAGAACCAGUGGAAGUUUCUGGACCAAUUACUGACUUUCUAAGCAUUCGAUCUGGAAAUGAAGGAUGGCUCUCAUUAGGGCAAAGAAGCACAACACACAUCACAGACAAUGAAACGAUAUUUCAGAGAUCUCUCAAAUCUGCAGGCGUGUCACAUGAAAAAAAUCAACCUCUAGAGUAUAAAGAACCCCAAAAGAGCAUAUUUGCCACAGCUGUGAAAGCUUUUGCUGAUGAAACUCUACAAUUAGAUGAACAGGUUACUGUUACACCGGAUGUAGGAGCUUGGUUAAGUAAGCUUCAAAAUACUAUAAGCAAGUCACUUAACAACAAAAUCUAUCAAGUAAUGGAAGAUAUCCAUCAGGGAAUGACUGUAGAAGAAUGGACACAAAAGUAUCCAGCUCAGGUUGCUCUUCUGGGAUUGCUUUACCUCUGGACCUGUGACUGUGAAUCAUAUAUUUCUGAAAUGAAACAGGAUCGCAAAGCAAUGUCAGCUACACUCAAAAAAUAUUCUAGCAUGGUCACACGAUUGUCAUUUAUGUCCUCCAAAGGACAAUGGAAAAGCACAAGUGAGCCAAUAUCCCAGAGUGAGAGACUCAAACUGGAAAAUAUGAUCACACAAAUUCUUUAUCUGCGUGAUACUAUGGAUGGAAUUUCUUCCAGAAAAAUCAGAGAGGUCACAGAUUUUGACUGGAAGAGAGUUGUGCGGUUUUAUCUUAAGGAAAACUCUGGGACAUUGAAGCAUGAGAUAAAUAUAUUUGAUGCAAAGUAUAUCUAUGGCUGUGAAUUUUAUGGUACCAGAAACCUAUUAAUUAUGAAUUCCGUCACUGAGAGGUCUUUCCUAAAAAUAUCACAGAUGUUGCAGCAAGUAAAUGGCGUCAUCCUCCAAGGAGAUUGUGGCGUUGGUAAAACGGAAACAGUUAAGGGCUUAUCAUAUUUAUUGGGAACGUUCCUGUUUCUUUUCACCUGCUCUUCAACCCCAGAUGCAUCUGCUCUGAGCAGAAUAUUAAAGGGAACAUCUCAUGACAGAUGCUGGAGUUGCUUUGACGAUUUUCAUCUCCUGUCUAAAGAGGCGGUAUCUGUUUUUAUGCACAGUGCCCAGGCUCUGUAUGACUCCCUGAAAACCAAAUUACCCAGGAUCACUUUACAGGACGAAUAUAAGGUUUGUAUUGGCACAAAUUGCAGUGUCUUCCUCACAAUCUGUUGGAGACCAGGGUUUCAAGAUCUCCCAAGUGAUGUUCGGGCUGUUUUCAGAACUGUCUCUCUAGUUGCACCAGAUAACACUGCACUUCUUAAGGCUAAACUCACUAGUCUUGGAUUUAAGAGUCCCAAAGCCCUUGCAACCAGACUCCAUCUUGUCUCCGAACUUCUCAAAGAACAACUUGCUGGGGAAUUUGAGCAAUGUUUUAGCUUCCAGUCCAUGACUGAUGUUUUAUAUUGGGCUUGCCAAAGGAGAGAGGCUGAAAAUGGCUCCAAUGGCCAAAUGAACCACGUUGAUCUUGAUGGAGGAAGAUUCUCUCGUGCAAGCAGUAUCACAGCAUAUGCAAGUCCUGCUCCAAGUGUAAAAACUCCUAACAGCAAUGGGAGAAAUAAGAAAUCGAUGUCUUCUAAUCCAGUUCUUGCAGCUGCAAAGGAAAGUCAUGUUCUGAUAGCUGAAGCAUUGCACGAUAUAAUAGGACCUAGGAUGACCGGUGAUAGUGCGUUAGUGUUUAAGCAGAUUGUCAGAGAUGUGUUUAUGGGAAUGUGUGACCCAUCUGGAGUACGACAGAUGACAACGAAGGAGUUUGAAAAAGCUGUUCUAGUGAAAAUAGAAGAGAAUAAAUGGUCUCCUCAUUCUCCAUGGUUGAACAAAGUAAAUCACCUCUUCAACUUAUCUAUGGCAAACCCUGGUGUAAUCGUAGCAGGACCUCCAGGAUCUGGAAAAAGCUCCUGUAUUACUGCCCUUGUUCAGGCCCUUAAUCACUUGCAGCUGUCUGUAGAGGAUCCAGCACAUAAACUUGUGAAAAUAAAUCCCCUCACAGUGGACAGCAGUACCUCAAUGUUUGGUACUAAAAACAAUUCAGGGAUCUGGGAGGAUGGAAUUGUUACCUAUGUCUGGAAGAGGGCUCUCCAGAGUCACAGAAACACCUGGAUGUGGUUAGAUGGACAUCUAAGUUCCAGUUGGGCUGAUAAUUUCAACAGUGUUCUGGGAACAGAAAAGGUGCUACAGCUUAGGAAUGGUGAUCGUUUGGAAUUUCCAAAACAUAUGAGACUGCUGUUUGAAACUACUGAUUUACAACUGGCUUCCCCUGCCACUUUGACAAAAGCUGGUGUUCUGUACAUUGAAAGUGAAGCACUUGGUUGGAGACCUCUUGCUAAAGUUUGGCUGGAUGGACGAAACCAGCAAGAAAAUGCAGUCCUUUCAAAGGCAUUUUACAAGACUUUGGACCCCAUCUUCAAUUUGAUUCUCCAUGAUAUCAGACCACUAGUUCCAGUAACAGAGGUUGGUCUGUUCCAUACGUGCACCAGUCUCUUGACAGUAAUGCUCAAUGACAAGGCUCAGAGUAUCGGAGGGCAGCUGCAUAUCGAGAGGCUUUUCAUAUUCUGUCUGAUCUGGUCUAUGGGAGCACUCAUUGAAAUGACAGAAAGAAGGAAGUUUAGUGAGCUGCUAAAGGUUUACACUUCAGUAUUGCCUGAUGACGAGCAGGAGAUUUCAGUUUUUGAUUAUUAUCUUGAUGAAUCUGGAGAGUGGGAUACUUGGCAGUCUCGUUUGCCAGAAAUGACGUACAUUGGUAGUACAGAUAUGAUGGGAGAGGUGUUUGUUGAGACACAAGAUACUAUGAUAGUUCGCACUUUCUUGGAGUAUGCCUGCAUGGGUUCCCAGCAUGUUCUAUUAACUGGACCUCCAGGGUGUGGAAAGACAGCUCUAAUGAACGACUUUAUCUCUACACAAGACAGAGCACGCACAUUACUUAAAAGAAUGGUAUUUUCAGGAUCAUCAAAAGCUAAAGGGCUCCAAGAGCUUCUGGAACAAAAUAUAGUCAAUAGACAAGGUAAUAUAUAUGGUGCAAGGGAUGGAAAAAACUUGAAAUUAUUUAUAGAUGACAUCAACCUUCCUACCUCAAAUGACAAUGGGGUUCAGUGCUGCAAUGAGCUAUUAAGGAUGGUUCUGGAUGAUAAAACUCUUGUGCGACUGAAUAAACCUUUUGAAUGGCAGUUGCUAGAGGGAAUAAUAGUCCAAGCAGCAAUGCGCUUACCCAAGUACCCCAGCAAAGCACAGACAACUUUCUACCAAAGGCUUUUGCGCCAUUUCGCCAUUUUUCAUUUGCCGGAUUUAGAGGGAUCCCAACUUCAACAAGUCAUUUUCUCUGUACUGGAAGCAAACAUGGGGGACAAGGAAGGCUUCCCCUUACAGGAAGAGCUGAAUUUGUCUAUUGUCAGAGCCUCCUACAAGGUUUUAGAUGCCAUUAAGGGUGCAUUAGUGCCAUCUUCAACACCAGGAAGAGAACAUUAUCAAUUCUCUUUAAGAGAGAUUAACAAGACAUUCCAGUCUCUACGUAAGCUGUCUAACGAAGACCGUGAAGACCGUGGCACUGUUGUAGAGUUCUGGCAACAUGAAAUGCAUCGUGUUAUUCAAGAUAGGUUGUGUCGUCAAACUGACAUCAACUGGUUCAAUUCAGAAUUAAAAAAUACAAUACAAGAGUAUUUUCCAGAUAUUCUAAUUCCAUCUGAACAAAAAUGGUUCACAACUAUUCCUAUGGAAAUGAAAUUUGCGCAUCAAGCCAAUACAGGCAACAAAGUUGUAAAGGCCUUGCUGCAGUCUAUUAACAAGUUGGAUGAUGUAAGAAAUUACCUUCAAACCAUUGUACAACAUUACAACGAAGAGCUUGGACACCAAAAGCUACAAAUUGAAAUCUCUGAGAACAUUGUGAUAAAAAUAAUACGUAUACAUAGAGUUCUCUCCAGUGAGAAUGGGGGUAAUGUCUUACUGGUGGGGUGCGUGGGCUCUCACCUUUCAACCCUGGUGAAACUUGCUCUCUAUGUUGCUGAUGUACCUUUGCAUUCUUUGGACACAACUGGAAUAAAUAAAUUUACCAACAGUUUAAAGUCUGCUAUACAGAUUUCUGCCGUGGAAGGAAAACCAACAGCUAUUUUGCUCACUGCUUCAGAACUGGUCACUGAGAACUAUCUAGAUGCUAUUAACAGUCUGCUAAUAUGUGGAGAGUAUCCAGCAUUGUUCACAACAGAAGAAAUGAAUGAUCUUCUCCAGGUUUUAGGACCGUCUUUAAGAAGGAAACAUCCGCACCUGAGCUACGACCCAGCUAAGUACCUUGUUUCUCAAGUGAAAUCCUACCUGCAUAUAAUGAUUUGCCUUUCUCCAACUCACAGACUCCUGAAGACAGCUUCAAGGAAGUAUCCAGGCUUUAUAAAUGGCUGUCAACUAAUUUGGGUAGACAGUUGGUCACAUGAAUCCAUUAACAAAGACGCCAGGUACUACAUAAUGCAACAAAGGAUUAUGGAAUCCUAUCACCAGGAAACACGUGAGAACGUUGCACGAGCUAUUUCUUUAAUUCAUAGCUAUAUGCUGCAAAACAACAAUCAGAUUCCAUGGGCUGGAAACUAUAAUCAAAAUAUGUUAAGCAACGAAGACCUGGGCCAAGCUGAUGAAAUAAAUCAAAUAAAUUUUCCAUAUUGCAGAGAAAUAAUUCAGGAAAGAAUCAAAAUCCUUCUCUCAGAGGGAACAACUGCAGUGAACGAGAGAGUUUUUAUUGGACCAAGUACAUUAGAGACAUUUUUGGAAAAUUUUAACUUUGUCCUCCGAAAAAAAAUGGAAGAACAGGAAGAUAUUCUUAUAAAAUUAAAGGGUGCAACUGAUACACUUGCUAGGUCAAGAAGUGAUGCAAAAGAGACUCAAGAAACAAUUAAAAUUCUUAGAAAAGAGUAUAAAGAAGCAGAAGAAAUCGUAGAAGGGAUUUUAAAUAAACUUAUCACCAAAACCUCCAUUUUAGAGAGAUUUAAAGCUGAACUGGGUGUGGGAGACAAGAACCUUCAGAUAUUUCUCUCUCAAAAUGAAAAUGAAUCGGACAAUUAUGAAGCAGAUGAAGAUUUACUAAAAGAUGACAGUUUUGAUGAAUAUGAUGACGCAUUUAAGAAGAUGAAAGAGGCAAGCAAAAAGUCCUACCUAAAUGAAAUCCUUCAGAAGAUAGAAAAAGCCAGAAAUGACCUUGAAGAUGCAAUACAAAGCCUAAAACAUUCAAAAAGCCAGGUGAUGCACUGGUGCAGUAAAGUGGACAAAAAUUGUAUUGAGAGACUAGUCCGAUGCCAAAACCCCCCUUAUCUUGUUGCUCAGAUUCUAGAAAUGGCUCUGGUUAUGGUUGAUUGUCUCCCCAAAGCUGAUAACACCAACGUAAUGCCAAAAUCUGCCAUACAAUCACUUGACAAUGCAGCUCCUAGAUUUCAGCCAUCUCCAGCAGGAAAAUCAUCCCAAUCAAAGAGAGGUAUGAGAGAUUUGACAGAUAAGGUUGACCGAGGAAGAUGGAAGAAUUUACUGUACCAUAUUGGAGAGACUAGCAAGUUUGUUGAUAUGAUACAUCAAAUUGCUAAACUUGAAGAUGGACUUCCAGAUGAAACAUUGAAAACUGUUGAGAAAUACCUUGGGAAAACCAGAGAUGGUUUCCAUGGAGUAACUGGGGAAGGGUCUUUGCUUGAAAAUGCUGCACCUCAUGCUACACCUCAGUCCAUCACUCCAGCUAAAAAGUAUUCACAUAGUGAUAAAAGCAAACCAAAGGAUGGAAUCACAAUAGCAACUGCUCGCUACAGUUCUGAAGAUGCGGCAUCUUUGGUGGCCUUUGUUGUUGCCAUUGUAGAAUACACACAACUGUGUGUGCCACUAAAGGAAUGUCUGCAACGAAUGACAGAUUUAGAGAAAGAAAAGGAGGAGCUCAGUAUAAGGGAGGAAUUAUCCAAAAUGGUGACGGAGACUUUUGAAGAAGAUCUUCCAGUAUCAUAUCAGGAAACGCUAAGCAGUCUCACUGCAGAGGACCUUCCUACUCUUCAGGCUGAGGUAGCUCAGCUACAUGGGGAAUACGACGCUGCCGUUGUUCACAAGCACCAACUGGAGGCAAAACUGCAGUCACACCAGGAGCGGCUUAAGGCAGCUCUAGACAUGCUAGAAAGAUUGAAAACGCAAGAAAAUGAAUGGAAGGAAAUGAUGAACCAAAACAGCGUUACAGAUCUACUUACCAAUUGUCUGCUGGCGGCUGCAUUUCUCACUUACUGUUCUGCACUUAGUGUCAGCAGAAGGAUACAAGUGACAGAAUUUUUUUUCAAGGUUUGUGAGAGCCGUGGACUUCCUAUGCCUCACAGAAUGCUCCUGAAGGACCUUCCACUUGUGCAGUUCCUGCACACGCCGAUUGAGUUGAAGAUAUUGGAGAUUAAAGGUCUUCCUGUUAACUCACUUGCAUUGGAUAACUCCUGCAUUUUUACCUACACCAAAGAAAACCAAGGCUGGGUUCUUGUAUGUGACCCAACAGGCCAAGCUAUUGAUUGGAUAAAAGGUCAUCUUCCAGAAGAUACCACAUGCAUCAUGCACCAUCACCUUGUUUCUGAGCUGGACACGUGUCUCACCGAUGGGCUUCCCCUCCUGCUGACAUACUGUGACAUUCAAGCACUUUCUCGCGACCUCCGGUUUACCCAUCUUCUUCAUUCUAAAAGAAAAUUUCAACAACAUAAAGUCCCUUUCAAAAUGAUGGUUGCCGAGCAUGAGGUUGAGUGCAAUCCUGGGUUUCGAGUGUAUUUGCACAGCACGUGCAUGCCUGAGGAUAUUCCACCAGAAGUGGCGUCAUACUGCAAUAUCCUUUACUUCUACCAGGACAGGGAAGGCUUGCUAAUGCAGCUGCUGGAUAGAUUUGUACAGCAAGAGAAGCCCAGGCUAAAGGAGGAACAUUCAUUAUUAAAACAGGAACAGUUAAAUAACAUGAUGACACUUUCAGCUUUAGAAGAAAAAAUCAUAACUAUCCUGAAAAAUGAUGGCUCCUUACUACAGAAUCUCUCCACUACGAAGAAAUUAUGUGACUUGAAACUGCAACAUGAAGAAGCCUUAGAAAUGAACAUAAAGAUUGCUGCAUCAGAACAAAACUUGCUGCAUGCUAGAGAGGGAUUUCGAGAGGUAGCUGUGCGCGGCUCUGUAAUGUUUGACACUGCCAGAGUGAUGCAUCAACUCAACAAUAUGUAUGAUACAAGCUUCAGUCAGCUGAUGGGGCUUUUUGAUUUGUCUGUAGCACAUUCAGAAAGGUAUUCAAUCCGAGGUGUAGUAACCUGUGUGACAAGUAACAUAUUCUCAUAUGUUUCACGUUCCUUGUUGGAAAAGGAUAGAAUUGUUUAUGCUUUGUUAGUAUCUUUUGAGGUUGAACAUUCUUUAGGACGUAUGAAGCCAGGAGAGAGAGAAUUUGCUAUUUCUCCAGAUCUAUCUGUGUCGUUGAUGCAGAGAUUAGGUAGAAAUGCAUCAGUGUCACGUCAGCAGCUAAGGAAUCCACUUGACUGGAUGACUGAAGAGCAGUUUAAAAAUCUACAGAUCUUAGCUACAUAUUUUGACUGGUUUGGGGAGAUAUUUGACCGGAUGUGCAAGGAUAUUAAAGAUACAACAUGGAAGACUUUCUGCGAAAGUGAACAGCCUGAAAACCCUUCAUAUGUGAAAUGGCCUGAGGGGCUGGAAGAUCUGAGUCCACAUCAGAGAUUUUUGGUCUUACGAGCUGUGCGAAUAGACCGGAUCCUGCCAGCGGCAUCUAACUACAUUAAUGCAGUUCUUGGAAAAAUAUACAAAGCAGAGUCAUCAGGGGAUAUUAAGGGACCUCUGGCAUGGAUGGCGCAUGAUCACCCGUGCUUGCUAAUCUAUGAUAAAGACAACUGCAUCCCAAGAGCUUUGCUUCUGGAUUUGGCUAAGAAAAGGAACCAGAAAAUAUCAGUUUAUCCCAUCAGUUUGCCAGAGGAUAAGGCUGAGGAAGUCAUCCUACAUGGAAUGGCAGAGGGUCUUUGGAUUUUGUUGGAGAAUGUGCAGAAUUCGCUCCAAUUAAUGAUGUCACUUGAAAAAACUUUAAAGUUAAAGAAGAAUCCAGAUAAGAAUUUUCGUUUGUGGAUGUCUGUUCAAGCCAGCCAGAAUCUUCCAGCUAGGCUAUUUCAUUAUACAAUUAAAACUGUUGUAGACACACCGAUGAAUAUUAAAAGUGGAAUGAUUCACUCCUGGCAGUUGAUUAGCCAUGAGACCCUAGGGAUGAGUACUCGUCCAGAGUGGCCAGUUGUACUUCACAAUCUGUGUUUCCUGCACUGUGCCAUUCGCUUGAGAACACUGUACGGUGCCUCUGCAGGUUGGAAUUACCCAAACACAAUGCGCUUAGGGUGUACAGAAUUAAUGGAUGCUGUCCAGCUACUGAAAGACGGGUUUAAAGAGGAUGAGCUGGAAACCGGAACCAAAGUUAUUCCCUGGAGUGCAAUCAGAAACUACCUUGCAGAGGUCAUUUAUGGAAGCAACAUAUCGGACGAGCUUGAUAUGACAACUAUGAUGUCAAUGAUUGACUACUGGAUUAAUCCAAACUCUACAAAGAAAGAUUAUGAUCUUACUAAAUUAAAAUACAGGGUGCCUGCAGCCUUUUUUAACAGUGAUCUAAAUUUUGCUUCUCUGGCACAAGCAUUGGAAGCGAUGCCCCAACACUUACUGAAUACUCCUGAAGUGUUUCACAUGCAUCCCUCUCCUCAGGUAUCCUUGGGUCAAGAGUGCUAUUUGUUCUCUCAGCUAGAACAGCUAUAUAGGUCUGUUUCUCAGCACAGAUUAUGGACGUACACAAUUGUAAAAAACCCACCAACAUCUCAGGAAGCAGGUGUCAAACCUGCUCUUGUAUCACCAACAAGCAAUCAAGAGCUGGCUUUACUCGCCACAUACAGCAUCUCUAAUGUUCAUGCUACCAACGUAGCUGGGCUACAGGAAGUGAAAGAGAUGUGUUCUUCUCUUUUGUCCAAAGUACCUCGCGGAUGGAACAGGGACUUCAUUUAUGAACGCUUGAAAAAACUUGGAGGAAGUACUCCAUUCAAUUUGUUUUUCAAAAAGGAGUUGGAUCACUUUAUGUCUUAUUUGUCAGAAAUAAGAAGAAAUGUGCAGGAUAUAAAACAUUUCUUGGAAUCACCAGAGACUUUAGGAGACCAACUUUCAGAGACUUGCAUUUCUAUUCUUAAUGAUUUAUAUCAUAAAAGAGCCCCUGCGUACUGGUGUACAUUGGUAUGGAGCUUCUCAUGUCCUUCUGAUUGGCCUGUUACUUCGUGGAUUAAUGACUUGCAACAAAGAUUUGCACAUUUUGAGAAACUACUGCAACUGGGUCGUGAAAAAAUGCCAACAUAUUGGCUUGGUGCAUUUAAGAACCCAAAAGGCCUUCUCUCUGUUCUAAAACAGGAAGCUGUUCGGAGACUUUCAGAGAGAAAUGGAAAUGCGGAGCUUGUACAGUUUAAAACGGAAAUGACUCAAAGAGACAAAGAACAUAUUAGAGAUCCACCCCAUGAUGGAAUGUUUAUCUAUGGGGUUCACAUCUGGGGAGUAUUUUGUAAUAAAACGGAUGCUGAAAUCUUGGAUUCCCCCCCAAAGCAAAGCAUCAGCACUUUACCAGUUAUUCAUCUUCGGUGUCUUUCCUUGUCUGAUAAAUCUGGUAUUGGUGAUGCUCAGAAGAGUUUAGAAACAUAUAUAUGCCCAGUUUAUCUAUCAUCAACUUCAGCAAGAGAACCUGUUUUCAGCCUGGACAUCCACAAAGAAAAUAUAGCCAGUUCGCGAUGGUCUUUACGAGGAAUGAAGGCAACUAUCCAUCCCUUCUGAAUUGUUUUUCUCACUUUAAUAUUCCACAAAAGAAGAUAAAUGUAUUUAUAUUAUCAAGAGUUUGUAGCUCGAAACACUGUCUGCAUGGACCAAGAAGAAUGAAAUCAAAAACUUUUGAUGAGAAAUGUGCCCUAAUAUUUUCUAAUUUUGGUAUACAUUGGAGUGGUGGCACUGGCUUGUGUUGGUGUUCAAUUGAUACAUGGUGUGUGCUGUGCUACUUACAUUUCUGGUUUUAUGAUAAAAUAUGUGCUUAAAACAUUUAACCUUUUUUGCCUUUAAAAUAUAUGCCAUAUUUGUAAAAAAUGUCUGCAGUCCAACAUUUAUUCUAAUAUAAAAAACUAAAUAAAAACUUUAUGGCACGUCUA